AUGUCGUCUCCGCCGAGGUCAGGCAAGACUGCCCCGCGUCUUGUGCAAGAUCUCCAUGACUAUGACCCGGCUCAUCCUCCAGGCUCCGGCCGCAACCUGCUAUCGGAUGUACCCCCGGCCUUUCCGGAUUACUAUACUGGACCGCCGGAACUCAUAUCGCCUUCAGCCUGCCGUCAUACCUAUGUGACCAAGCCAAACCAAAGCUUUUUGCCUCAACCAGAGAAGAGAAGCAGCUCGGGCAACCCCAUCAAAGUAUCGGCGAUAUGCUCCCAGUGCCGGUACCACCUGCAGGUCGUCGUGACCUCGACACCGGGGAUUGGCAGUCAAAGCUUGCCGGGCCACAUACAUCACCUGGUAUACAAAUCGGGGAGGCAAGUAGGGGGUGCUUCGGCCGAGGAGGUCACACCUAAGGGCCAGACUGCAGAGACGUUCCAUUAUGAUUGCUCCUACCUCACGUGCCCGGUGGUGGUGUCAGUACGGGUUGUCUCCCCAGUGCUCCAUCCUGACUGGGUACAACUAUUGACGGAUCCGGAACUGCUGCGGGAGCGAGCGGACGAGGCAAUUGCAGCACAUCCCGAGCGCCUGGAAGGAAUAGCUCGGCCGCAGCCCAUCAAUGUGCUGGAAAACCUGCGCGCAUAUAUCAGCAAUGCCUUCCUCACCAGCCAACAAGGUAAAUCCAUAUCAGCGAUCAACAAGAGAUUCAUGACGUGUUUCGGUGUUGAGGGAAAGCCCUGCAAAGACCUGUUAGAGUUCUUAGGAUUUGCUGUCAAGAACGAGGGAUUCUGGGACCCUCCGCGUCCUAAUCCUUGGGCUGAAAAUCCCUACCAGGAUCAACUCAAAAUCUUUCUCGAUGACGUUUUGCAUGAACUUUCCGCACUAAUCGAGCAACGGCCAGUGUUGGAGAAGAAGGGCCAUCAACUAGAAUAUUCUCAUCGUCCAGCACGAGAUGACCUCCUCUAUGCCUUGGAGGCCCAGGACUACCAGAAGGCCUUAGGUAUCGAAGAAUUCCAAAUGCCACCUGCGCCAUACUAUGAAGAUCUAGGUGUUGUGGAAGAUAUGUCGUCCCAGUCAAUUGUCGAGGCUUUCAAUCGACAGGUCGCAGUAGACCCUGCGCGUAUGCCUGCAUAUUUGAAAUGUCUGAAAGAAAUUGGAGGUCUCAGAGCUGGCCCUGAACAUAACACUAUCGACCAGGCUGUUCAGGUAGCCUAUGCCGAUGGCAAAUACACCGAUGACGAUGUAGCCGAUGCUUACAAGUAUUUUGGCUUGACUCAUGAUGACCCGCGACUUACCGAAGAUAGUAUAAUCGGGACAUUCCAUGCGUACUUGAGCUCCACCACCCAGGAAAUUGAAUCCCGCAGGCAAUUGUGGAGGAUAGGUGACAGUAGGCGUAGCGAGCGCAUCAAAUCAGCUGCCGAAGACAUGGCGACUGUUGAACAGGCCCAGGUCUACCUUGGUGUCAGCGAUGGAACCAGCGACGAUUUCAUAAUGGCAAUGUACACGGCCAAGGUCAACGAUACCCCGUCAAGCAGAGACCUCGCACGACGUGCAGUUGAACUCAUUGCCGAGGCGCGAAAAUCGGAUGCUCUCCGACACUUCGUCAAGACUGGCGAGAUGACGAGCGGUGAGAUGGAUAUCGGUGAUGCCUACCGUCUUCUACAGAUACCUGAUCGCACAGUCGACGAAGCCGCCAUCAUGGCGGCCUAUACGAUUUGUGUCGAUGAAGCCCCAGCACAGGCUGACACGUAUAAUCAAGCCUUACGUAUAAUUGCCAAGGACAAGAAUAGUCCUUUGCUGAGCAGUAUGAUCUCAGGUGAUGAUACAAAGCCGGACCGCGAUAUGUCGGAGUGGCCGGUAGGAUUGCAGAACAUCGGAAACACAUGCUACCUCAACAGCCUGUUGCAAUUCUACUUCUCAGUUCGUCCAUAUAGGGAGAUGGUCUUGGAUUUUGAAAAUUUCAAGAUGGACUUGAGCGACGAGAGUUUGAGUCGGAAGCAGGUGGGGUCUCGCAAAGUCUCCCAAAAGGAGGUGGAACGUUCUCAAAAGUUUCUAAGGGAACUGCGAACGUUGUUUUCCGAUAUGAUCACUUCGUCGUCUUCCUAUGUCAUCCCAGGCCAGGAAUUAGCGCGUUUAACCUUGAUCAGUCCUUCUAACGAAGCAGCGAUCCGUCGCCGGUCGACAAUCUCAGCAUACAGACCCGCGGGUGCUCUUGGUGAAAUCAAUGGCAUGCCGGUCCUAGGCCCUCUUGGUCCCCCACAGCUGAUUCCAGAGAAGGAGACAGAGAAACCGACAGCCACCGAAAGUGAGGCGUCUAAACAAUCAACAACCAGUGAUGUGGAUAGCGAGGCUACUCUUGUCUCCGACGGUGUUAAGCACGACGUCAAGACAUCCCAGUUUGACGACAAGGAGAACGAACCUCCGGGUGAUUCUGAGAUGAAAGAUGUACAGGAUGAACCGAAUGGGUCAGCUGCCCAGGUGUCUUCUUCCGAUACAACAUCUAUAGACCAACCUGAGCCGUCCAGCCGACCACCGCCGGUGCCUCCACGACCGACUCCACAAGUUGAUGCCCAGAAGCAGCUUAUAGAGGAUGUCGAAAUUGGUGCCCAGCAGGAUGUGACGGAGGUUAUCAACAACGUGCUUUUCCAAAGCCAAUGUGCUAUCCGGCCUAUUGCACAUUCUCCAGAUGGCGAGCAGAUCGACCAAGUAAAAGAUCUGUUUUACGGACGCACCCGAUCUUACAUCGCAUCAGAGAAAGGUAUACGGUCCAAGGAAGAAUGGUGGGCUGACAUCAAGAUUGAUGUUGCAUCUGGUCCUCGCGACAUAUACGCCGCAAUUGACGGCGCCUUUGACGUCCAGAAAGUGAAUGUCGAGAAUUCUGUGGCUGAGCAGUAUGGCGCAAUUAGCAAGCUUCCACCAGUACUUCAGAUUCAGGUUCAGCGAGUCCAAUUUGAUCCUGCGACGAAGCGCUCUUUUAAAUCCACUCACCAUCUUGGACUGAAGGAAACCAUCUAUCUCGAUCGGUACAUGGAUACUCAGCAGCCCGAGUUCCUGGAUCGGCGACAGCAAUCUUGGCAAUUGAAAAGCUCACUCCGAGAGCUCGAGGCGCGUCGUGCGGAGUUAUUGCGCCAGUCGGAGUCCGACGGCAUGGAUACGGCGGGCCUACUCAACAGUGCGAAGGAGAUUCUCGACGACCUAAUCUGUAUGAAGAAUGAGCCAGAAUUUGCGGGGGAAGCUAUUGAUAUUGACCCCCGAACGGCGGCUGAGCUUGAUCAGCUCUCCCAAAUAGCAAAGGCUGACUUGAUAUAUGUCGAAGACCAAAUCAAGGAGACUGAGGCCAUGAUUUCCAGUCAGUUUGCCGAUUACAAGCAUCUGGCGUAUCGGCUGUACGCGGUAUUCGUCCAUCACGGGUCGGUCUCAUUCGGCCAUUACUACAUUUAUAUCUUUGACUUUGAGCGGAAAGUCUGGAGGAAAUACAAUGACAACUAUGUCACCGAAGUGGAUAACCUGGACGAAAUCUUCCAGGACGAUGGACAGCAAAACCCGCCGACGCCUUACUUCCUGGUGUACGUCAAUGACGCGUUGAAGGAUCGACUAGUCAACCCGGUCUGCAGGGAGAUCAUCGAAACCUCGUCGGCGAACACCACCGGAGAUAUAAGCAUGAACCCACCGGCGUAUGACGAGAUCUGGGGUGAAAAUAGCGAACCAGGUACGGGAGCCGAUCAUCCCAUGAAAGAGGCCACGGGAGAUGUUGAUGCAGUAACUACCGGACUAUUAGGAGGAUGGCAAGGGAAUACAGGCGCUGACAUAGAAAAUGUGGAGUGGUAGGUUCAGGUGUCAAGUCGCCGGACCGACUCUCAUCGAUUCCACUCAAACGCAAGGGCUUGGAUGAUGUGGUGAGCUGAUCACGUACUAAGACCAGAGUUCGACUGGAGCAGGCUGGUCUGCUUGGCUUUCUUUUCGCGUGACGACUUGAGGGUAUAUUGUGGAUGGGUGAUCACCUAGCGA